AUGUCGGCAGACCGAGGCCCGUCUACGACUCCCUGCGUUCUUACUCGCCCGACCAUCCUAAUCGAAGAGAACACCCAAGGACUGUCUACGGAUGAGCGUAACACCUACUUCCGCCAGCUGCAGCUGGCUGAGAAAGAGCAAGCCAUCUUGCAAUGCGACGCCAACGCCAAGGGCUUCCACGACACGAUCAAGAAGAAUCGCGGCCUAGUCGACAAGGUCAAGUCGAUAAUGAAGGGUCUUGACCAGCUCGAAGCAGAGCCAAGGAUAACCGGAAAGCUGGCCACAAAUAUCCAAGCGAUGACAAAGGUCGGCGGAGACAUGGUUGCGGACUUGGACUCGGACACUGCCGUAGCUCGUGCCCAGAGAUUCGCCGCCCUUGAAGGAAAGGAGAACAAUGUCCGCAGCAUCGCGUCGUAUGAAGAGCACCGCCAUUCCGCCGCUCCAAAGUCCUCGAGCACACCGAUCCAGACGGCGUUCGAGGCCCUCGUUUUCGAUAUCAACGGGCUCAAGGCCGACGUCAGCAAGGCUCAGGAAGAGCAGAAGCGUAUCCGGAAGAAGUACAAGUGCAUCGUCGCGGCGAGGGAGAGAGAGAUCGCAGAUCUCAAGGCCCAGCUCCUGGCAGUCUGCUCUUCUCCCGGCAAAAGCGACGAGAGUGUCGAGAGCGGUAGCGAAGAGGGCGAGAUAGUGGAGAAGAGGGACACGUUGUACAAGAAGGACAGCUUGUAUACGUGGUACUGA